GUUCCACGUAGUGUCGAAGUCAAAGCCAUGCGAUGGCAUUCAAGCUGCUACGAUGGCCAUCAGCUUCAAAGAAGAGCUGACUGAUGGAUGGGCGGUUUUCGUGGCUCGUUUGGAGCCUGUUUCGACAUCACGUGGCAUCUGGUUGGCUGCGGCCUUGGUGCUACUCUGUAGUGGCGGCUGGUGGAAAAGUGCUGUAUUCCUCUUCUUGCUGCUGCUCCUCAAUGCGAAACAGGUCCUCGAAGAGAAGGUCGUUUGCACGAAGGGCCUUGGUUUGCAGCUGACGUCUCGCAGUGCUUGGGUCACUCCCUGGGGUUCCCCCGUCUGGGCCUCCAGCAGCAGUGAUUUCAUCGAAACGGCGGACAUUGAGGAGAUCAUUAUUGCCGAAGCUGUAACUUACUGGGAUGUCUUCUACUACUUAGCCGUGGAACUCCACGGCUGCGAUCGGACCAAAGUGCCCUUUCGCCAGUUGUGCCCGCGCGAGGUCUCUCAGCUGAUUCGCGUCCUUCAAGUCUUGCGGCAGAUGCUGGAGGAUACCCCUUACGUGGAAGAUGCCGAUGACAUGCCGCGACCGAAGAGAAACGCAAGAUCAAACAUGUGGCGCCGAAAGGCCAUGAAAAGGCCAUGAAAAGG